GAAUUUUUCCGGGAAAAUCUCUCCCAUUUUCUCACUCGAUCUGCGAUACAUACACUCAUGUCUAUCACGUCGCUCUCUGUGCUUCUCCUCUUCGCCCUCUCGGUCUCGUCUCUAAUUCACGAAUCUUCCGGCUCCUUCCUGGCGCCACCGAGCUCUAUCGUCAGUCCGUCUAAAGUCACAUUAAUAUCUUGGAAACCUAGAGCUUUCGUUUACGAAGGUUUUCUCACGGAUUUGGAAUGUGAUCAUUUGAUCUCUCUUGCAAAAUCUGAGCUGAAGAGAUCAGCAGUUGCGGAUAAUUUGAGUGGAGAAAGCAAGCUAAGUGAAGUUCGAACAAGUUCUGGAAUGUUCAUUCCUAAAGGAAAGGAUGCUAUUAUUGCUGGUAUAGAGGACAAGAUUUCAACAUGGUCCUUUCUUCCCAAAGAAAAUGGGGAAGGCAUACAAGUCCUGAGAUAUGAACCUGGACAGAAAUAUGAUCCACACUAUGACUACUUUGCUGAUACGGUUAAUAUUGCUCGAGGUGGACAUCGUAUAGUUACUGUUCUCAUGUAUCUUACUGACGUUGCUAAAGGUGGUGAAACAGUAUUUCCCAAUGCAGAGGAGCCUCCACAUCACAGAGCCCCUGCAACAGAUGAAGACCUCUCAGAAUGUGCAAAGAGAGGAAUCGCAGUAAAACCGCGAAAAGGAGAUGCUCUUCUUUUCUUCAGUCUCCAUCCUACUGCCAUUCCAGACACAAACAGUCUCCAUGGUGGAUGCCCUGUGAUUGAAGGAGAGAAAUGGUCAGCGACAAAGUGGAUUCAUGUUAACUCAUUUGACAAGAUCGUGGAACCUGCGGGGAACUGCACAGAUCUGAAUGUAAGCUGUGAGAGAUGGGCUGCCCUUGGUGAGUGUACCAACAACGCAGAGUAUAUGAUGGGAACUACAGAGUUUCUUGGCUACUGUAGAAGGAGCUGUAAAGUAUGUUAGCCUCUAAUAUGUAGGCCUUCCUUUGGGUGCAUUGCAUUUGUUUAUUUUUUUCCCCUGCAUCAUUCAAAUUUUGGUGGCAUGUAAUAAUGUUUUUGUCUUCCUACUUUCUUAGGGUUUUGAAUUAGAUUUUCCCAUUUUAUCAAUGUGAAUUAGCCAAUCCUAUGAUUUGAAAUGUUGAGGUUGAUCUAGUUGAUUUA